AGGACUUCCCGCCAGCGCCAGGCUGCUUGGCCAAGUGAGGAGCAGACAAGCGGGCGGGCAGGUGGCCCCGGGCCGCAGUGCCCGCGCCUUGGCUCUGCCCCCUGGAGCCAAGUGAGCCUCUGCUCCCUCGUGGUGCGAGGGCGGUGAUGUUUUUUCCUCCCACCCACUUUUGAGUCCCCCCUCCCCCCUCGCGCGCACUCAAGCUCUCGCCACAACCUGCAAGCCCCAGACCUCGGAGGAGCGCCUCAGGGAACUCAGAGCGUGUGCAAGCGUGGCAGAAGGAGGAGGCCAGUGCCCAGGUUUAGUCCAUCAGUUCUUGGAGUCUCUGAGUUACAUUUUGCAGUAGCUCAAAGAAGAAGAACGUGGAAAAUGGGAGGCGUGAAAUAUAUAGUCUCCUUGGUUUUGUUCUUUAUUUUCCUAGAAGGAAGCAAAACAGAGCAAGUAAAACAUUCAGAGACAUAUUGUGUGUUUCAAGACAAGAAGUAUAGAGUGGGUGAGAAAUGGCAUCCCUACUUGGAACCUUAUGGACUGGUUUACUGUGUAAACUGCAUCUGCACAGAGAAUGGGAAUGUGCUUUGCAGCCGAGUCAGAUGUCCAAGUCUUCAUUGCCUCUCACCCGUGCAUAUUCCUCAUCUGUGUUGCCCUCGUUGCCCAGAUUCCUUACCACCAGUGAACAACAAGGUGACCAGCAAGUCAUGUGAGUACAAUGGAACCACUUAUCAACAUGGAGAACUGUUUAUGGCUGAAGGGCUCUUUCAGAACCGGCAACCCAAUCAGUGCACCCAGUGUAGCUGCUCGGAGGGGAAUGUGUACUGUGGUCUUAAGACUUGCCCUAAAGUGACCUGUGCGUUCCCAGUCUCUGUUCCAGAUUCUUGCUGCCGAGUAUGCAGAGGGGAUGGAGAAUUGUCAUGGGAACAUUCUGAUGGCGAUAUCUUCCGGCAGCCUGCCAACAGAGAAGCAAGACAUUCUUACCUCCGUUCACCCUAUGAUCCUCCACCAAGCAGACAAGCUGGAGGUCCUCCUCGAUUUCCUGGGGGGAGAAGUCACCGGGGAGCUCUUAUGGAUUCCCAGCAAGCAUCAGGAACAAUUGUGCAGAUUGUCAUCAAUAACAAGCACAAACACGGACAAGUGUGUGUUUCCAAUGGAAAGACCUAUUCUCAUGGAGAGUCCUGGCACCCAAAUCUACGGGCAUUUGGCAUUGUGGAAUGUGUGCUAUGCACUUGCAAUGUCACCAAGCAAGAAUGUAAGAAAAUCCACUGCCCCAAUCGAUACCCCUGCAAGUAUCCUCAAAAAAUUGAUGGAAAGUGCUGCAAGGUGUGUCCAGGUAAAAAGGCAAAAGAAGAACCUCCAAGCCAAAACUUUGACAGCAAAGGUUACUUUUGUGGAGAAGAAACCAUGCCUGUUUAUGAGUCCGUGUUCAUGGAGGAUGGAGAGACUACCAGAAAAAUAGCACUGGAGACUGAGAGACCACCUCAAGUAGAGGUUCACGUUUGGACCAUUCGAAAGGGCAUUCUCCAGCACUUCCACAUUGAGAAGAUCUCCAAGAGGAUGUUUGGGGAGCUCCAUCAUUUCAAGCUGGUGACUCGGACCACCUUGAACCAGUGGAAGAUCUUUACUGAAGGAGAAGCUCGGCUCAGCCAGAUGUGUUCAAGUCGGGUGUGCAGAACAGAACUGGAAGAUUUGGUCCAGGUUUUGUACCUGGAGAGACCUGAAAAGGGCCACUGUUGAACAAAACAGCCAGGACUGCAGUGUCAAUCAAGGAAACCCAAGCUGCAGCUGGACUGCCGGCUUACUUUGCUUAAGUCAACAUUGCUCUAAAACCCCAAAGUCAGACACAGUCAAGUUAUCCAUGCCAGCCACAGCAUACCUUGUUCCUCUAUGUGCAGUGGUGUGCCAGCCCUCAAACUUCUCCUCUAAAGAGAAUCGAGGUGUCUGUAAAUGGUUUUCUGAUGGAAAAGAGAUAGAACAUCCUGGUGCAGCUUUAGUUUCUCUGAAAAUCACUAAAGUUACAAGAAAGAUAGAGAAGGAAAUUGAUUCUUUUAAGUUGGGUCACAUAAAGCAAUCAUUUGUUUGAAAUGCUUUUUGAAUGCUCAAGUGUCUUCCAUUCUCUAUAAAAAAAAAACAAAAUAAAAAUAACAACAACAAAAAUCCCUUAUUCGGUGGGUGGAGAUACAGAUCAGUCAGUUGCAGAGCACAUGCUUAGAGAAUAUGCAGCCUUGGGUUCUACUCUUAUUACUGAAAAGAAAUUUCUACCCUCAUAUUUCAUAUACACAUGUCCAAACAGACACACAUACUGCACAUGAAACUGCCCCUGUUUCUGACUCCUCAAUACUGAUGGGGUUGUUGUAUGCAGAAGACUCUGCCUUGAAGCCUGUAAAGCAGUUUUGAAAGUCAUCAACCAUGGUGGUAGGGUGAAGAACGCCAAGAACUCCAGUUAAGGGUCUUCCUCACUGUGAAGUGCUCAAUUCAUUUUGGCUACUACUACCACUUCUCUUUCUUUGCCUGAACCUAUGGAGCCUCCAUUAGAAAGGUAGAAUUUGGUGAAAUGUCAGAAACUCAAUUCAUACCAACCUACUCAUAACUGUAGAAGAACACACCUGAUAAAAAUAAAAUAGCCCAUCUUUUUUGUUGUUGUUUUUACAGCUAUAAAACUCUCUACUAUAUAAGCUGAUGCUCACUAAUUUUCUUGAGGCACUAGUCACCUAGACAGAUGCUUUGGUUUGAAUUAUUUUAAAAGCCUGUUUAAGGGCAAUCUUACUUCUCUGAUUACAGGAGUGUAAAUUUGACUUUCUAAAGAGACCCAGUCCUUUCAAGCUUCUGAACAUUGGUUCUUCUGUCAAGACGGGGUUACUGUUCAUUCAGGGGGCUGAGAAUCCUGCCACAGUUCUUCCUCCUAAACCUUCCUUCUAGCUUUGCCUUUAUCUAUGAGCAUAGGCUGCAUCUGGGGUUUUGAACAAGGCUGCUCCUGAGAUGUUUAUUUGCAGCCCAAUGCCACAGCAUAAAUUAUCCUUUCUGAGGCUUGGCUUUAGAAACCAUCCUUGUGGAAAGACUAUAAAUACUUCCUAGCAAGGAGCAUAGGCCUGCUUUCUGGAUAUGAGGAGCAUGCUCUGAGGAGCAUGAAUGAGCUCAAAUGAGUACUAAGAAAUAUGAGGAUCUAGAAACCCCAUAGUUCCCACACUAGGCAAGAGAACAGGACAGAAAAAAAAAAUGGGUAAAAGGUCUUGUCUUUUGGGGAACCUGGAAGAUAAGAAGUCUCCACAAAAAAGACACCAAACUUUGGGGCAGGGCUUCAUGAAAAGAAUUUCUUGCCAUCCAGUCACACACAUUCUCCUCAGAAGAGGGACACAUGACAUUCUGGUCUGCAAAACCACAGAACACUAUUGACCAUAUGAUAGGGGCAGUGUCAAUCCACUGCUGCCUCCCUCUAGGGGAAACAGUAUUUCCAGAAUGUGGAGAUCAGUAACCAGAUCCUGAAGGAAAGUGGGGAUUCCCCCACUGGAUGAUUCACCUGAAAGCCUUCCCACCCAGGUGUUCUCUGAAAGCUUAGCCUCAAGGGAACACCUCAAGAGCUCCCCUAGAUAGACUCCUGCCUCCAGGUGCACUGACACACCUUUGUAAUGUGCUGUGGGAAGCAGGAACUGGGGAGCUGUGCUGAGUCAAUGUAGAAAUCCUCCAGCAUUUUGGAAUUGGGUAGAAUGUAGGGUAUAGGGAAAAGAGGUCAAACUGCCUGUAGCUAGUAGAGAAGAGUGGAUAUGGUUCUUUUUGUGUAUUUAUUUGUUUCAUAAACACUUGGGACAGCAAAGGCUAUAAGCACCACGUUGCAGUUUUAUCCAUUUUCUAGUUAGCUCAUGUAAACAAGUAUGAGUAACAUAACAGUAUUACCCUUUCACUUUUCUCACAGGACAUGUACCCAAAUAUGGUACUUGUUUAUGUAGUCACUGUGUUUCUGGAUUUUUAAAUUAAUAAAAUUUUAAUUUAAAAAGGUUA